AUCAAAUACAAGCAGAUAUUUGAAGUAGAAGAUUUCUGGGAUUGCUUACAGUAAUGAUUAGAACGUCAUCCGCGGGGGUGUCAACGGGGGUGAUAUUGUGGACGAUGUUCCUGGCAGUGUGCAGAAGCAGUGUGGACUUAAAUAUGGCAGAGUUGCAGCAUGUGGCAGAUCACUUGAACAAGCGGGAGUGUCGCCGCCUAAUGGCAGCAUUGCGCUCCCCUUCACGUGACCUACCUUCCAAGUCACAACUGGAACUUGCAGAGCGGCAGGUUCCACAGACGGACCACUGCAUAGACCUCUUGCUGCGCUGGAACUCUGGGAGUGGACGACAUGGGGCACGAGGCCGCUCUGGAAUGGAGCCAUUGUCUCGCCGCCUACGCCAGCUAGGUCAUCCACACCUUGCCUCAUGGCUCUCCAAGUCUGUCUUCCAUGCACUCGCUCAGGAUCUUGGAGAUGAUGUUGCUGCGCUCAGCAGUGAUGGGGAUACUGUGGCUAUGGCAGCAGCCAAGGCAUCACCAAAUAAGAUCCGACAUUUAAGAACAGAGCAGCCAGAGGAAGUGAGUGAUGAGGUUCAGUGGAUGCCACUAGACACAGUUCUGUGUGCUGCUGUGGUUGCACUGGCAGUGACUGCCCUGAUGCUGUUAGCUGUUUCCACCUGGCGCUACUGUCGUGUUUGCAGUGAUGCGAGCUCCCAGAACAGGUACAAUGUACUGCGUGACACAGAGGAAGAAUCUACAGAUACAAAUGUGUGGAAUCCUACAGCAGAAGAGGUACACCAUCCCAUGACUCCAUACAGAUCUGGAACUAGUCAACCACUGUACUGAAUAUUGGUGAAAUAUGAUAGGGCAGUGAUGUUACAGCUUGUAAAUGCUGUGUAACCACAGCUAAAAUAUACCUGAAUGCAUAUAAUAUCACCUGCACAACUUACCCUCAGGUGAGAAUCAU